CCCCCACUCUAUUGUAGUUCUUAUUGGUUUAGUAUUCUCUAAGUAUGGCUAUGUUGAAAUCGUCACUCUCUUUCCUUGUUCUUGGUUUUGCUUUCUUCUUGUGUUUCAUUAUCAGCGCUGGUGAUGGAUCUUAUGUCUAUUUUCAAUUUGUGCAACAAUGGCCACCGACCACCUGCAGAGUUCAGAAGAAAUGCUCUAAACCCCGGCCAUUACAAAACUUCACCAUUCAUGGCCUAUGGCCAAGUAAUUAUUCAAACCCAACGAUGCCCAGUAAUUGCAAUGGGUCGCGAUUUAAGAAAGAGCUAUUGUCCCCUCGAAUGCAAUCCAAACUGAAGAUAUCUUGGCCGAACGUUGUAAGUAGCAACGAUACAAAAUUUUGGGAAAGUGAAUGGAACAAACAUGGUACUUGUUCCGAACAGACACUUAACCAAGUGCAAUACUUCGAGAUAUCCCACGAAAUGUGGAACUCGUUCAAUAUUACAGAUAUCCUUAAAAACGCUUCAAUCGUACCACAUCCGACACAAACAUGGAAGUACUCGGACAUAGUAUCAGCCAUUCAGAGUAAAACUCAAAGAACACCCCUCCUUCGUUGCAAAACGGAUCCAGCACAUCCUAACGCGAAUACUCAGUUGUUACAUGAAGUGGUAUUUUGUUAUGGAUAUAAUGCAAUAAAGCAGAUUGAUUGUAAUCGAACAGCAGGAUGCAAAAAUCAAGUUAACAUCUUGUUUCCAUAAAAUGAUAGCUUUUCGAAGUCAUCACAAAGUACGAUUGUUUUUCACGCAAAAUAAAAGUAGUAUGGUUUUAGUAUGGUACUAGUGUAAUUAAUAAAAUAAGAAGAGUUUGAGCAG